AUGAAAACAAUCCAAAAUAUUACAUAUCGAAGCACACGACAUAAUGCAAGCCUUGAUAUAGUAUCUAUGGGUAGAUACGUGCACAAGGGGAUAUUCACAUCUCAUCCAGAAAAAAGACAAUAUGAUGAAAAACUUUUAAUGAGUCAUAAGAAAACAAAGUUAGUAAAUGAGAAAAGGUGUUUUUUUAACUGCCCAAAUGUUGGCAUGAUACCUGUUGUCAGAAUAAAGGGGAUAAAUAUGAAGCAUGUUUACCAUUUUUCAAGUGAUAAUAGGGUGGAAUCAAAUUUAUACUUAGAAAAUUAUUCUAAAAUAAAAAAACAUAUCAACAGUAUAGAUAAUGAGGAAUCUGUUAUUAUGACAAUUUUGAAGGAGAAAACAUAUGAAUGCAUACAGAAAACUCGGGAAAAAUUAAAAGGAAUUAUACAUACAUAUCCAAACACACCCAUUUCUAUUUGUACACCAAAUAAUGUUAUUGGGGGAUUAAGAAACACCAUAACAUUAAUUACUGACACGUCCAUUUUAGAGAAGAGGAAAGGGAUUCUAUUUAGAGGUAGAACUGUAGAUAAAAUUUUAAAAGAUUUUCCGAAAUGGGACGAAAGUUGUGAAUAUCCUAUGGCAGAAGCUAUGCUUUGGUAUUUAUUAACAAAAGAAAUACCAGCAGUUGAUGAUUUAAAACUGUUUUCAAGAGAAUUAUAUUGCAGAACUAAAAAAAUUCCACCAUGUGUUUUUGAAUUUAUAGAUAAUAUACCUACCUUUACACACCCAAUGAGUCAAUUGAUAUCCACUGUUUCGUUUUUAGAAUCAUUUUCUUUAUUUAAAAUAAAAUAUUCUGAGGGAAUAUUAAAAACGGAUUAUUGGAAAUACAUUUUGGAAGAUGCUGUUUCUCUAAUCGCGCAAAUUCAAGUUAUUUGCGCAUAUAUUUUUAAAAGGACCUUUAUAGAUAAUAAUAUAAAAAAAGGAGAUGGAAUGAAUCUAGAUAUUGAUUCUGAUUGGUCAGCUAAUUUUGCAAAAUUAAUAGGUUUUGAAAGUAAUGAGGUAAAGGAUUUGUUAAGAUUAUAUUUUCUUUUACACAGCGAUCAUGAGGGUGGAAAUGCAAGUGCUCAUGUAUCUCAUUUGAUAGGAAGUACCUUAGGAAAUCCUUAUUUGUCUUUUUCUGGAUGUGCUAUUGCAUUAUCUGGACCGUUGCAUGGGUUAGCUAAUCAAGAAUGUUUAAAAUUUCUCUUGGACAUAAAAAAAAAACUUGAUGGUAAAGAACUAACAUAUGAAUUUAUUGAAAAAUAUGCCAAAAACUUUCUAAAUUCUGGAAGAGUUAUUCCUGGAUAUGGGCAUGCAGUUUUAAGAGUCCCGGAUCCUCGUUUCUUAGCUCUUCGAAACUUUGCUUUAGCACAUUUUCCAGAUGAUCCUAUUGUGCAAAUAUUAGAAAUGUGUUAUAAGGUAAUACCAGGAAUUCUUUCAGCCACUGGGAAAGUGAGAAAUCCAUAUCCAAAUGUUGAUUGUUAUAGCGGUUCUCUCUUAUAUCAUUAUGGCAUUAAGUAUCCAGAAUACUAUACCGUCCUCUUUGCGCUUUCCAGAUCCAUAGGCGUAAUGUCACAAUUGGUAUUAUCGAGGGGAUUAAUGUAUCCAUUAGAACGACCUAAAUCGGUGGAUGUGCAUAAUUUAAAAAAAAUAUGCGAAAGAAAUUAUGUUAAAAUUGAAGAAUUCGAAUAA